UUUUCCCUGAAAGUACAAACACGAGGCCGCCACGCUCCGCCUCAACUUUUGAUUUGUAUUUUUUUUGGCUACCUCCGGUGGACAGAGAAAUUUGAAGGGCGCAUUUGACAGCUAUACCGUCCACGUAUAUAACAAAUUUGUCGUAAACUCCAUGGCUUAUAACAAAUAUUCUCUUUUAGUGGCUGGGAUUGGGUUUUGCUGGCGAGGUGGUCAAAUGCUGGAUUCAGGGCCAGGCAAGAUAUAAUGGGUGAUAGUUUAACAAAGAUCGAAUAAAUUGCGAAGGUCAGGUUGGAUGCGGACGAAAUCAAGUUAAACUGCGGUCUGCUUUUUUGAUAAGGUGAAAUUUCUGUUCUUGGUUUGAUGAUGGCAAUGCAAAUAUUUCCCACACCUAAGCCUUUACCACUAUGCUCGUUCAUUAGUAACUGUGAAAAUUCAUCUAAUGGAAUCAAGAGAGGAAUAUUUCCAGAUUUUGCUGUCAGGGUAAAAAGUGAAUUUUUUGUGAGCCAAAAUCAUAGGGUCACUCCUUCAAAUGAGAUUCCAAAAAGGUGCAUAAUCAAAGCUCUGCAGGAUUCAAACAAGAAACCAGAUUCUGAUUUUUUCAUCUCUGGAGAUGAAAAUGAUGAUUUUUCAGAGGCAAAUAACACAAAAUUGAAGAAAAAGAAGAAGGGCAAGCAUCGCCCUUUUAUGGAAUCAUAUGGAAGCAUCUCCAUGCCAUCAGAUGUUGAUAAUGAAACAAAUGUGUCAGAUUUGGAAUUCUCUGACACACAUGUUACUUUGGAAGAGGAAGAUGCAAAUGAUACAGUACCAGACUUAUCUUCAGAGGAACUUAUUAAGGAUCCUAAGCAUCUUCUGGUCCAAGUUCUCGAUAAGUUAGAGGCUGUACGAUUACAUGCAUUGGCCUUGGAGCAGUGGAAUGCUGUGCGCCUAAAAGAAUGUGACAGGUUUUAUCAUAUCAGUGCAACAAAUCUCAUACAGUAUGCAGCUUUGCGGUCAAUGGAUGUUCAGCAACUUCAAGAAGCUCUCUCCAUAAUUGGCUUGUCAAAUCUAGAGGGGAUAAAUGCACACAUCAUGGCAAGUCUAACGUCAAUUAUCCAGAUCUUGCAGAAUCUUACCCAUGUAUCUUCCAAAACCAAGAGGGAAAUAAGCUUUGACAAUGAGGUCCAGUCUCCUACUAUUGAGGUUUCAAAUAAAAACAAUCCUACAAGCAACCUGCAAAGUUCAGUUCUAAAUUCUAAUAGACAAUAUGGAGAAAUUGCAUAUCUUGCAAUGAAAAGUCAUGCAUGCCAUAAUGCAGAACUACUUCUUGGAUCAUCUGUUGAGGGAAGGAAGACUCGUAUUAUGGUCACAGUUGGUAGUGAAUCUGCAGACGAUGAAAAACUUAUUUACAAUCUAAUUAAAUCUGGAGUAAAUGUAAUUCGAAUAAAUUGUGCACAUGAUAAUCCAGAUAUAUGGAGGCAUAUAAUUAAACGUGUAAGAGAUUGUUCUCAGAUGCUAGAAAAACCAUGUAGGGUUCUGAUGGAUCUAGCAGGGCCAAAGCUAAGAACCGGUCCUUUCAAGCCUGGUCCAAAUAUCAAGAAGAUUAAACCAAUGAAAGAUGCCAAAGGAGCUGUUCUUACUCCAGCAUUAGUUUGGAUUUCUCCUUCUGGAGUGGCUCCUCCAAUCCAUAGAUCUCCUGAUGCUGUGCUGCCAUUGAACGAUAAGAACUGGAUCAGAAACCUAGAGGUUGGUGAUGUGCUAAAUUUUUCAGAUGCCAGAGGCAAAAAACGGUGCCUGAAGAUUUCUGAGAAGUUCCCCACAUCAUCUGAAGUUGGUUGUUGGGCUGAAUGCUAUGAGACGAGCUAUGUGGAAUCAGGCACAGAGUUACGUAUUAAAGGAAAGAAAGGGAAAAUUGGCAGUGGAAAAGUAGCUGAACUUCCCAACGUUGACAAUUAUGUUCAAGUUAAAGCGGGUGAUUUGCUUGUUAUAAUAAGAGAACCAUGCUUAGCUCCAUCCAAAAUAUCAAAUGAUGAUCUAGUGUGCCCUCAGAAGGUAACUUGCUCUCUGGGUUUACUCUUUGAUUCAGUCCAGCCUGGUGAACCAAUUGAGUUUGAUGAUGGGAAGAUUCGAGGUGUUAUUCGAGGUGUUAAAAUAUCCGAAAUUUGUGUGGAAAUUACACAUACAGGUGAAAAGGUAUCAAAGCUAGGUCCUGAAAAAUCUAUUAAUGUACCAAAAAGCAACUUGCGUUUUGGAGGACUUACUGUUAAGGAUUUACUAGAUCUAGAUUUUAUUGCUGCAAAUGCAGACAUGGUUGGUGUCUCUUUUGUCAAUGAUGUCAAUGAUGUCAGAAUGCUUCAACAAGAGCUCAACAAGAGGAAUCUCAAAAAAUUAGGAAUUGUUUUGAAGAUUGAGACCCAUGGAGGCUUUGAAAGACUUCCACUUCUAUUAUUGCAGGCAAUGCAGUCUCCAAAUCCACUAGGUGUGAUGAUUGCAAGGGGAGAUCUGGCUGUUGAGUGUGGAUGGGAGAGAUUGGCAGAGCUGCAGGAAGAAAUUUUGUCAAUUUGUGAAGCUGCCCAUAUACCAGCAAUUUGGGCAACCCAGGUAUUGGAAAGCCUUGCUAAGUCAGGACUACCGACAAGAGCAGAAAUUACAGAUGCUGCUGUAGGUGGCAGGGCUGAUUGUGUUAUGUUGAACAAAGGGAAGCAUAUUGUAAAAGCAGUUUCAACCUUGGAUUCUAUAUUGAGAAACACUUGUAAUCAGCAACCUCGUAUGAAAGCUGUUUUGAAACCGCUCUUACUUUCUAGCCUUUUCUGAAACAUGGAAAUAACCAUAGCUUCUGUAUUGUGGUGGUCUCUUGCUGUACAGUAUAUUGUCACAAAUCCUUUGUAUUUUCAUCUAGGCAGAAGCAGUUUUGGAUAGUUCUUAUGCUAGAAUGUAUAAUAUUUAAGGGAUACAAAGAAUUGGAUCAAAGUAGAAUCAAAUACAAUGAGAGAAACUGCAAGACUGAAGUUAGUGAAAAGCAUCUGGUUGCAAUUUACCUCUGUACAAAACCAUCCUUUUUGGGCCUUGAGUUUGCUUAAGCCCUUAAAAUGUAUAUUUCUUUAAGCAAAAGAGAGUAUAUUAGCAAAUAUCGAUUCUAUGGGAAUUGAAUGCAAACAGAUUUUUAUAGAAAGAAUUUAGAAAGAACCCCAGUUUUGGGGACCUUUGAUUGAAGCUCUAAUGACCAAUUUUUUGCUGUGAUUUUCCAACGGUUAAUACCAUGAACCAAAUCAUGCAUACCGUUGACCUAUUUGAGGGGUUAUGUUUGCACCCAGUGGCGGAACCAACCUCUUAGAAAGAAAAUAGAAAAUCAUUUAAGGCCACCAGGCUAUCAUAAACAUCUGUUAAAAGUUUUUGGUUUUCAUC